UCUCUCUCUCUCACACUGCUUUUAGGCUAAUGCUUUGCUACUACUCACAUCUACACUCUCUCUCUCUCUCGUACCCUGAAAUAGAGGAAGCAGAGAUACCCAUAGAAGCUUUAAUGUCCACCCACCGCUUCUGAUCCUCUCUUCUUCUCUCCCUGUCUUCAAAGACUGAACCUUUGCUAUUGGGUCUAAAUUUUUCUCUGCUCAGAGACACAGACCCAUUUCGCAUUUCUUUCCACCUCUGUGUUUUUGCUUAGAUAAGUCCCAAAAGGAAAGAAACAUAAACACCUCCAACUACCCCUUUCUUCUUGUGUUUGUUGCAUUUGAGUUUAAGUAGCCAUGAGUAAAGAGGAGUUCUUGAAGAUCCAGAAAUGUGUUCUCAAAGUUAACAUUCACUGUGAUGGAUGCAAGCACAAGGUGAAGAAAAUCUUGCAGAGAAUUGAUGGGGUUUUCACAACCGAGGUAGAUUCCGAACAGGGGAAAGUGACCGUUUCCGGCAAUGUUGACCCCUCUGUUUUGAUAAAGAAGCUCGCAAAAUCCGGGAAACAUGCAGAGGUCUGGGGCGCUCCGAAGGCAAACAACAAUCAGAACCAGAACAACCUCGUCAAUCAGUUCAAGAACAUGCAACUUGACAGUGGCAAAGGUGGGAACAACAGCAAAGGCCAGAACAACCAGAAGGGCGGCGGUGGAGGUGGAGGUGGAGGUGGAGGUAACAACAAUCAACCCAAGGGUGGUGGUGGGCAACAACAAGGACCGAGCCCACAGCAACAGCAGCAAAUGCAGCAGCAACUCCAGCAGCUGCAGCAGCUUCAGCAAAUGAAAGGGUUCCAAGAUCUGAAGCUGCCCCAGUUGAAAGGGAUGCAAAUGCCUGCCGGGUUUAAAGGGCCGAACCCACCGCCUAGCCAGAACCAGAAGGCCGUCAAAUUCGCCGACUUGGAUGAUGACGACAUGACUGAUGAUGAGUAUGAUGACCUUCACGACGAUGAUGAUUACGACGACGAUGAAUUUGAUGACGAGCUGGAUGAUCCUCGCCUGCCUGUUAUUAACAAGAUGAAGCCGGCGAUGGGCGGCGGCGGCGGUCAGGGGCUGCCUCCUAUGAUGAUGAAUGGGAUGGGUCACCCUCAGAUGAUGAAUGCCGCCCAGAAAGCUGGUGGUGGACAACAGAAUGGUGGCGGUGGCGGUGGGAAGAAAGGCGGUGGCGGAGGAGGGGGUGCUCCAGCUCCGGCUCAGGGAGGUGGAAAGAAAGGCGGUGGCGGUGGUGGAGAUCAUGGUCAAAGUCAGGCUGGAAAGAAUGGAGGGAAGAGUGGUGGUGGGUUUCCACCAAUCGGUGGUGGUGGCGGUGGGGCACAAGGCAAGAAUGGUCAGGGAGGCCAAGGUGGGGGCGGUGGUGCUAAUGGGGGCAAUAAUGGAAAUGGAGCUAAAAAGGGUGGAGGUGGUGGUGGUGGUGGUGGUGGUGGUGGUGGUGGGAUUAGUGAGGCUCAACUGCAUGCUAUGAUGAGCCACCAGAACAUGGGUGGGAGACCUCAAGGCAUGCCUAGUGUGGGGCAGCAGAUGCCCGGGAUGAGCCAGAUGAACAUGGCAAUGGGUCCAAUGGGAACCAUGCCAAUGGGUCAGAUGGGUCAAAUGCCGGCAGUUCAAGGCCUACCGGCCGCCGCCAUGAGUGGCGGUGGGGGCGGUGGCCCCAGCGGCUAUUUCCAAGGAGCCGGGCCUGAUGCCAUGCCUGGAAAUCCAUUCCAGCAACAACAGUACAUGGCAGCAAUGAUGAACCAGCAAAGAGCAAUGGCCGCCGGUGGUGACAGGAAUUUUCAGCCUAUGAUGUACAAUAGGCCUCCUCCAGCAGUCAACUACAUGCCGCCGCACCCUUACCAAUACCCUCCUCCAAAUGGUGGCGACAAUUACACCCAUUUCUUCAGUGAUGAGAACACUUCAAGCUGCAAUGUGAUGUGAAUAAUCGACGGGAAAUUGGUGCUUGAUCUGCUGAGAAUUGGGCUAGCUAGCUGCUGAGUUUCUCUGCUGCUUCUGUUCAUGGUUCCAAGGACUAGAAUUCUGAUGAUGCCAUAUUAUACAUGGAAAUGUUUUUUUUCCUUUAAUUAUAAUUUUCAUCUAUCUUACCUUCUAUCCUAUGUUAUAUUAGGAUUAAUUAUCAAUAGGGGAGUAUCUAUAGAUAAUAUAAUUAAAGCUUCUAGGGGAGAAUGAUGGAGAUGUAAGUGGGGAUGAAACAGUGUUUGAGAGCAUUCUCUUCUUUA